AUGAAAGCCCCCUCCAUUACAGCCUUCUCUCUCUUAGCGCUCGCGACAGCAGCAGAGGCCAUCUUCGACAAUGUCACCGUCUUUGCGCCGCCCGCCAACUGGCCCUCUCACAGCACCUCGUACGGCCGCACGCUUCUGCUAGACCGCAACACCACAGACCCCGUCCUCCUAUCGACCUGGUCCUUCUUCCCGCCGGACGGGACAUACCUCCCGAUCUACCGCUCCAAGGACGGCGGUCAAACGUGGUCCAACUAUUCCAAAGUCCACUUCACCAACGGAGACUACGGCUCGAUCUGGCAGCCUCAUCUCUACGAGCUCCCCCGGCAGGUAGGCGAAUACCCUCGCGGGACGAUCCUCGCCUCGGGCAACGCCAUCCCGCGCGAUUUCUCCUCCACAAACAUCGAGGUCUACGCCAGCCUGGACAGAGGAAGAUUCUCCUGGGAAUUCGUCUCAGUCGUCGCGACAGGCGGGCCCCCCAACACAACCAACGGCGCAACCCCCGUCUGGGAGCCCUUCAUCUCCAUGUACAACGACCAGCUGACGGUCUACUACUCGGACCAGCGGGACCCGCUGCACGGCCAGAAACUCGCGCACCAGUCGACGCGCGACCUGGUGCACUGGGGGCCCGUCGUCAACGAUGCCGCCUACGCGAACUACACCCUGCGCCCCGGCAUGACGACCGUCGCGCGCAUCGGAAACGGAAAGUACCUGCUGUCGUACGAGCUGGCCAACGCCCCCGAGGUCGAGUACGCCGUCCACUACCGCAUCGCCGACAACCCGCUCAAGUUCGACGACGCCGCGCCGGUGCUGCUCAAGUCGCGCGACGGGACUAUCCCCUCAGCGUGCCCGUACACCGUCUGGACGCCCGUCGGCGGCCCGCACGGCACCAUCGUCAUGAGCGACGGCACGUACGAGGAGGUCUUUAUCAACAGGGAGAACGGGAACCCGCACGCCUGGAUCAAGGUGCCCACCGGCAAGGGCGUGGCCUAUUCGCGGGCGUUGACUGUCAUGCCCGACCCGAGCGUGAUCUUGUUCUUCAAUGGGGGGAUGUUUGGGGAGAGCAAUACUACUGUCACGGCGGGAGAGUGGGUUGUGCCGCGGCGGGGUGGUCGUUCUUAG